AUGAAAAGAACGCGGAGACAGACGGGUCGGAGGAAGGGAAAAGAUGAAGGCCUUGCCAUAGGCGCGCCAGCCCAGGAGGAGGAGGGCUGUCCCACCACCACCACCACCUGCUGGACACCAGAGGUGCCACCCAACCCUCUCACCCAGCACUACGCCACCCGCAACCCGCAAUACGCGCAGCCGGUGUUGUCUGUUGUAGUUCCGUUGUGGUUUACCCCAGAGCACAUUGUGGCGCGGGAGUUCGGAUUCGACCACCGUAACAGCCUCACGUGUUUCGGAGGCGUGCGGCCAUGGCUUCGCAAGAACGAAGAGUGGCCGCGCUGUGGCCGCUGCUCGCAUCACCUCCAGUUCUUCUUCCAGAUCGAUUUCCGCCUCCUUCCCGCGCAGGCGGCCCGCCAGUACGCCGGUGGUGAAAGGAACAGGCUGCUGCAGAUGUUCAUGUGCCCUCAGCAGGGCGAGGAUUGCCGAGUGUGGGAAGCCUUUGACAAGUCUGUGCUCCUCCGCUUCGUGCCCCUCCCGCCGGCCGGCGGCCCCAGCCUCCUCACGCUCGCGUCGCGCACCCUAGCCAAUUCCCUCCCAUCCUGCCCCGACCAGGAGACGGUGAUGGACACGCUGAGGCUGAUCGGUCUGGACACACUCGUCUCGACCAGCGCUGACAUAGGCCCCAACGAAGACACGAGCGCCCAGCUGGCCAAGUGCCCGCGGCUCGAGGCGGAUGGCACCUGCUCGUUCGAUUUCGCUCUGCCGUUUCACAGGCCUGUCCGGUGGCGAGCGCGCCAGGACUGGCCGAGCGAGGAGCAACGCGCCGACGGCCGUCGUGUGACCAAACAUGACAGCGGCACCUAUGCGGGGACCAAGCUGGGCGGCUGGCCCCACCGGGGGUCAAGUCACACCACUGCAGUGGUGAAGUACCCCGCCUGCAGGGAGUGUGGCAGCGACAUGACGAACCUGGUGUUCCACAUCAGCGAAGAUGACGUGCUGCCCUAUGACUGGGGCGACUCCGCCCCGCACAUCGUGCUGCAGUGUCCCACUCACUAUGCAGAGAUGGCGUUCCAGUUCUUGUGCUAA